GUUUUAAACUUAACUGUUCACUUUUUUUGUGUUUGUGUGUGUUUGUAUCCUAAGCUCAUCCUCAGCUAGGAAACUCACCUGUUAAUACCCCCAAUUCAAUUUCUUCGCCGAUCGUUUCUUUCUUUUGUUUGCCUAAGCGCACAAAAAGCCAAAAAAACCUUGAACUAUAGAAUGGUAGAAGGUGAUUCUGCAAAGGGUAAAAGCGAAUCCUAUAAUGUAGAAGCUGGCCUACAACCAACCAACUACAAUACUCAGAUCAACCCAACUUCAGGGACCAACAACGUUGUUAACUCGCAGCAGCAGCAGCAACAGCAGCAGCAGCACAUUGACAAUCGGGCAAUCAUCCAGCCGUAUUCCUUGGGCCAAUCAUCGAAGCAGCCGGAAUAUCAUUUUGCAGCCGAUAAUCGAGGCUACGAGGCGGAAACUGUACCGAAUUCGGUGAAUUCUACGAAUUCCCCGAACUCCAAUGGCAAGCAUCAGGACGUAGAGCGAGCGCUGGGCGGUGCUGCUGCUGGUGGUGGCGAUGGCGGCGGCGGCUCCGAUAGUGAUGAUGAAGACGAUGGGCACGGGCACGGACACGGCCAUGCGGGCAAGGGUAAAGGCAAGGGCAAGGGAAAGGGCAGAAGUAAAAAGUCCGGCUCCCUGGCCAUACCCACACGACCCAUAGUGGCCAAUUUUGAAAGGGCCAUCGAGCUAUGCGGUUAUGGCAAAUUCCAUUAUAUACUGCUGGCCAUUUGUGGCCUGGUCAGUACAUCAGAGGAAAUGGAUGUCAUCUCAAUGUCAUUCAUAUUGCCAUCGGCUGAAUGUGAUCUGGAUUUGAAUACGGAGACCAAGGGAUGGCUCAAUUCCAUCAUUUUCAUCGGAAUGAUGGUUGGUGCCUAUUUCUGGGGCAGCAUUGCCGAUAGUUUUGGACGAAAGAAAGUCUUGAUUGUCAUCUCAUUCAUGAAUGCAUUCUGCAUUGUGGCCUCGUCAUUUUCGCAGUCGUAUGCAUUCUUUAUGUUCUUCCGAUUCCUGAAUGGCGCAGCUCUGGGCGGAAGUGGUCCCGUCAUCUGGUCAUAUUUUGCUGAAUUUCAACCGAAAGCAAAACGUGGCUCAAUGUUGAGUUUUAUGGCUGCCUUCUGGACAUUUGGCAAUCUAUUUGUGGCUGGGUUAGCCUGGCUUAUCAUACCAACAACAAUUGGUUUUAUUACACCAUAUUUCACAUACAAUUCGUGGCGCAUCUUUCUGUUGGUCUGCUCGACACCAUCAUUUUUGGUUGGUUUCCUGCUCUUCUAUUUGCCCGAAUCACCGAAAUUCCUAUUGACCCGAGGCAAAAAGGAUAAGGCCCUGGCCAUAUUCCGCGGGAUCUUUGUGACCAAUACGAAAAAGAGCCCCAAUGAGUAUAUGGUCUAUGAUCUGGAAGUCGAUGAGAAGCUGCAAAACGAGGCCUCAAGCAGCGGUGUUAAGGGCAAAUAUUCGCGUAUGGUCAGCGGCAUGGUUGAUCACAGUCGUGCGCUAUUCAAGUCACCUAUAUUACGUUUCACCAUUGUUUCGAUUACGAUUAACUUUACAUUCCAUAUUGGCUAUUAUGGUCUGUUGAUGUGGUUCCCUGAGCUCUUCAAUCGCUUCGAGGAAUACGAGAAGGCCUUCCCAGGCGAAUCGGCUGGCGUAUGCACUGUAACGGACUAUGUGGUGAGCAUUGCCAAGGAGAAUGUGGGCAACGGCACCUGCUCAUCGGACAUACCAUCAUCCGUUUUCAUGGAGUCGCUAAUAUCAUUGGCUUCGGCUCUGCCAGCCAAUUUAUUGGCCAUAUUGGGCAUGGAUCUGUUGGGCAGGAAAUUUUUCCUAAUUGCCGGCACCCUGACGGCUGGCAUCUGUUCAGCGUUGAUGUACUUUGUGCGCAGUUCCCUACAGAAUCUGAUCGUAUCGGCCAUCUUUAGUGGAGCAAUAUCAGCGGCCAAUGCCGCUCUUGAUUGUCUGAUCACGGAGGUAUUUCCCACCAAACUGAGAGCCACUGGUGUGGCCAUCUCCAUGGUGGCAGCUCGUUUGGGUGGCAUCAUUGGUAACAUUGUGAUUGCCCAGCUGUUGGAUAACUAUUGCCCGUCGCCCACAUUCAUUGUGUCGGGUCUACUAAUUGGUGGAGGUCUGAUGUGUCUCCUCUUGCCCAAUACCACGAGAAAGGAGCUAAAUUAAGGGGGAAAUCCGGAACAUUAACUACUUAGCAGAAAGCAAAGGCAUAUAUCUAUCCAUUCCACACAUGUUAUGCAACUGCACAGCGAUCUCGAAUCGAGUUUGAUAUCUCUGUGUGGUGUAUGUGUGCGUGUGUGUGUGCGGAUUUGUCAGUAAUUAUUUAACAUUAGCCUUAAUGAUUUCUUCUGUAUUUUUGUUUUUUUUUUUUUUUAAUUUCGCUCUUUGUUUGCCCUUCAUUCGAUUGUAAUGGAAUUUAUGAAACCCUUCAAUUCAAAUUCAAUACAUACAUACAUAUAUGAUGUAUGCAUAUGUAUUUAGCUACAUACUUACAUAUAUAACCAAAUAUAAAUAUAUAUAUAGAUCGAUAGUAAUUGUAAGUUCAUUUUGUGGCAAGCGCCGGCGCCGGCUGCUGAAAUCUUUGUAACAGCCUCUCAAUCCCCGUACUCUUCCUACCGACCCACCCCUCUACCCCUAACCCCUAACCCUAACUUGUCACCUUCAACACCCAAACACCCAACCCAACCCAACCCAUCAAAAUCGAGUAUACAUAUAAAACAUACUUUUGCUGUUCCAGAUUUAGAGUUGUUAUAUAUACUACAUAAUAAAUAAUUAUAAAUUCAA